ACCGGCAGUCCGUGUUUGGGUGUUCGCGGUGUCUCGCGUUUCUGCGUUGUGUUUCCUACGCGUUUCAUUUGUGUGGUGCAUGUUAUUGUUUUUCUUCAUAAUAUAAUUUAUAUUGUGCGUUUUUCAACUUGGUGAAUUUUAUUGGAUAGUUGGUUUGUGUCGAAAAAUAAACUUGUGAUCGAAGUUUGCCAUCUCGACUCGAGUGGCGUGCAGAAUCCUUAAGAUGGGGUCUUGCGGAAAGCUUCUGCUGGCCCUUAUCUUUACAUUCGCCACAAAGGUCUUGUGCGAAGAUGAUACAACCAUGGGACCAAUGUUCAUCAAAGAACCUGAAAACCGAGUGGAUUUUUCAAAUACUACUGGAGCUGUCGUCGAGUGUACUGCUAGAGGAAGUCCCAGGCCUGAAAUUAUUUGGAUACGUGCUGAUGGUACUGCCGUCGGAGAUGUACCUGGUUUACGACAAGUCAAAGGAGACGGAAAUUUGGUAUUUCCACCUUUUCGAGCAGAAGAUUACAAGCAAGAAGUACAUGCCCAAGUUUAUAUUUGUAUGGCUAAGAAUCGUGUCGGUGUAAUACAUUCUAGGGAUGUAAAUGUUCGAGCUGUUAUAGAAGAACCGUACAGAAGUGAAGUGAAUAAUGAAUACGUUAUUCGGGGUAACUCGGUUGUUUUAAAAUGUAGCAUACCACCAUUUAUCGCAGAUUUUGUGACUGUUAUAUCUUGGCAAGAUAAUAGUGGGAAUGUAUACGAACCACCAUUAAUUGAAGAAAAACCCAUAAACUCAUUAAAUACUCAUGAUGGUAAAUAUUUGGUUUUACCUUCUGGAGAAUUACAUAUUCGUGAUGUCACACCAGAAGAUGGAACUAAGUCUUAUCAAUGCCGAACUAAACAUAGAUUAACUGGAGAAACAAGACUUAGUGCUACUAAAGGAAGACUAGUUAUUACAGAUCCCCAAACAAGUAUUUCACCAAAAAUUAAAAAAGAAGAACUAGCCAUUUUAAUUGGAAAACCAUUUAUGAUUGAAUCUCAUAUAUCAAUGGUUUGUUCAGCUCAGGGAUUCCCUGUCCCUUAUUUUCGGUGGUACAAGUUUAUUGAAGGAUCGAACAAAAAACAAGCCGUGACAUUAGAUGAUAGAAUUAAACAAGUUUCUGGAACAUUGAUAAUACGUGAAGCUAAAGUAGAUGAUUCAGGCAAAUAUUUAUGCGUUGUCAAUAAUUCUGUUGGUGGUGAAAGCGUAGAAACUGUGCUGACAGUUACAGCUCCAUUAAAUGCAAUUGUUGAACCUACCAUUCAAACUGUGGAUUUUGGACGACCUGCUACUCUGACUUGCAACUAUGAAGGAAAUCCAGUAAAAACCAUUUCUUGGUUGAAAGAUGGUAAACGGUUGAGUUCUCAUGAUGGAAGAGUAUUGAGAAUUGAUUCAGUACGCAAGGAAGAUAAAGGAAUGUAUCAAUGCUUUGUAAGAAAUGAGCAAGAAAGUGCUCAAGGAAGUGCUGAACUCAAAUUAGGAGGAAGAUUUGAGCCGCCCCAUAUUAAAGAAUAUUUCAAUGACAACACUAUGCAGCCAGGAGUCUCUUUGCACUUGAAAUGCAUUGCAUCAGGAAAUCCCACUCCUGAAAUUAACUGGGAAUUAGAUUCCAAACGGCUCAGUAGCACAGAAAGGCUUCGUAUUGGGCAACAUAUUACAAUGGCAGGAGAAGUAGUUUCAUAUCUCAAUAUCUCAUCAGUCCACACUAAUGAUGGAGGUCACUAUAGAUGUGUAGCUGUAUCUAAAGUUGGAACUGCUGAACAUACUGCACAUCUCAAUGUUUACGGUCUUCCUUUUAUUAGACCGAUGGAUAAGAAAAAUAUAGUGUCUGGAGAAAACCUUUUUGUUACUUGCCCAGUUGCUGGAUACCCAUUGGAAUCAAUCACAUGGGAAAGAGACAAUCGACAGCUUCCUAUCAACCGCAAACAAAAAGUAUUUCCAAAUGGCACUUUGAUUAUUGAAAAUGUCGAAAGGUCUUCAGAUCAAGCUACUUACACAUGUGUUGCUCGAAACGCCCAAGGACAUACUGCUAAAGGAAAUCUAGAAGUGCAAGUGAUGGUUGCCCCCCGAAUAGAGCCGUUCAGCUUCGGCGAUCCCGUGUACGACGGACAGUCGACGCAGGUAACGUGCUUCGUUUCGGAGGGCGAUACGCCGUUAGACUUGUUCUGGACGUUCAGCGGCCGCGCCGGCCCGGCCGCCUCGCCGCUUCGAGGCGGCGUUUCCGUUAACAAAAUGGGAAGCAAGGUGUCCAUGCUUUACAUCGACGCCGCCUCGUCGUCCCGUCACGCCGGCAACUAUACGUGCGUCGCCACCAACCGGGCCGGUCGCGCUGACCGCACGGCCACGUUAAACGUCCAUGUUCCUCCCAGGUGGAUACUCGAACCUACUGACAAAGCAUUUGCACAAGGUGGUGAUGCAAAAAUUGAGUGUAAAGCUGAUGGGUUCCCUAAGCCUCAAGUGACAUGGAAAAAAGCUAUCGGUAAUUCUCCGGGAGAUUAUAAGGACAUUAAAGAUUUAAAACCAGGCAGUGAUGACAUUAAAGUUGAUGAAGGAACAUUGUCGAUCCAUAAUAUUCAAAAAAAUCAUGAAGGUCACUAUUUGUGUGAAGCUGUUAACGGAAUUGGUUCUGGACUGUCUGCGGUUAUCACUAUCAGUGUACAAGCUCCACCACAUUUUGAGAUAAAGGCAAGAAAUCAAACUUCUGAAAAAGGACAGCCUGCUGUUUUGGAAUGUAUGGCAAAAGGAGAAAAACCUAUUGGAAUUGUUUGGAAUAUGAAUAACAAACGACUAGAUGCUAAGGAAGAAGAAAGAUACACAAUACGUGAAGAAAUACUAACAGAUGGAGUAAAAUCAGACCUAAGCAUCAAAAGAUCUGAACGAAUUGAUACUGCUGUUUUUACGUGUGUUGCUACUAAUUCAUUUGGAAGUGAUGAUUCAAGUGUUCAACUUAUUGUUCAAGAGGUGCCUGAGAUCCCGUUUGGAUUAAAAGUAUUGGAUAAGUCUGGCCGUACCGUUCAAUUGUCUUGGUUAGCUCCAUAUGAUGGAAAUUCGCCUAUCACUCGUUAUAUUGUAGAAUACAAAUUGUUGAAAAACACAUGGGAAACAGAUGUUGAAAAAGUUGAAGCUACAGGAGAUAAGACUGAAAUGAGUGUAGUCAGUCUUCAUCCAGCUACAACAUACCAUUUUAGAAUAGUUGCAGAAAAUGGAGUCGGUGUUUCUAAGCCUUCUGAUCCAGUUACCAUAAUUACGUCAGAAGAAGCUCCUGGUGGAAAGCCAACUAACAUUCACGUCGACCCUAUUGACGAAAAUACUUUAAAGGUAAUGUGGAAAGCUCCAGAACGUAGUGAUUGGAAUGGUGAAAUUCAAGGAUAUUAUGUUGGAUAUAAACAAUCGUCAUUAGUUGAUAACAAAUUUGUGUUUGAAACUGUUGAGUUCAGUAAAGAAGAAGGAAAAGAACAUUAUUUGGAAAUAUUCAAUCUAAAAACAUAUACUCAGUAUACAAUAGUAGUACAAGCCUUUAACAAAUUAGGCGCUGGACCAAUGUCUGAUGAAAUUAAACAAUACACUUCUGAAGGCGUACCAGAACAAGCACCACAUGAUACAACUUGUACAACUUUGACAGCUCAAACUAUUAGAAUUUCUUGGGUAUCACCUCCACUAAGCACAGCUAAUGGAGUUAUUAAGGGUUACAAAGUAAUUUAUGGGCCUAGUGAUUCUUGGUUUAAUGAAAGUACAAAAGACACAAAGAUAACAGUAUCAAGUGAAACUAUUUUACAUGGUCUUAAAAAGUUUACAAAUUACAGCAUGGAAGUAUUAGCUUUCACUGCAGGUGGAGAUGGUGUUCGUGCUCCUAAAAUAUAUUGCCAAACUGAACAAGAUGUCCCAGAAGCUCCAGCCGGUCUCAAAGCUUUGGUUAUGUCUCCAGAGUCAGUCUUAGUAAGUUGGAAACCUCCAGCAGAGCCUAAUGGAGAUGUCAACCAGUACACUGUUUACAUUAAACCGAGUGGUGAUAAUAAAGAUAAAGAACCAAUGGCACAUAAAGUUGCUCCAGAUCAAAUGAGUUUUGAAGCAUCUGGUCUUAUUAAGCAAGAUCCUUAUGAAUUUUGGGUUACAGCAUCGACAAAUAUUGGUGAAGGACAACCUACCAAAUCAAUUGUUAUUGCACCUAGUACUCGAGUUCCUGCUAUGAUUGCAUCUUUUGAUGAUUCAUUUGUCGCAACAUACCGUGAAGAUGUAAGACUUAAAUGUUUAACUGUUGGCGUACCAGCUCCAGAAAUUUCAUGGAAAGUUAAAGGUGCACCCCUCGAGAGCAAUGAUCGUAUUCGUCAGUUACCAGAAGGUUCCCUUUUAAUUAAAUCUGUCACUAGAACUGAUGCUGGGGAAUAUUCCUGCUUUGUGGAAAAUUCGUUUGGAAAAGAUAAAAUCACACAUCACAUUGUGGUCUUAGCACCACCUCACAAACCAGAAGUAUCUGUUGGAGCAACAACAUCCAAUACAAUAACAUUAAAUCUAAAACCUCAUGCUGCUGACAAAGAACCCAUUCAUGGAUAUACAAUCAAAUAUAAACCUGAAUUUGGUGAUUGGCAAACAGCUCAAGUAGCUGCAAAGGCGGAUAAAUUUACAUUAGAAAAUUUGUGGUGUGGUUCACGGUAUCAAAUAGCUGUGACUGCAUACAACUUAAUUGGCACGGGUGAUGAAUCAGAUUUAUUAAAUACAAAAACCACUGGCUCAAAGCCUAAAAUUCCAGAAGCAAGUAAAUUUAUUGAAGUAUCAGCAACAAGUGUAACACUUCAUUUAAAUGCUUGGUUGGACGGUGGUUGUCCUAUGCUAUACUUUGUAGUGGAGCAUAAAAAAAAAUCACAAUCAGAAUGGACUCAAGUUUCAAAUAAUGUAAGACCUGGAGGAAAUUUUGUAGUACUUGAUUUAGAUCCUGCCUCAUGGUAUCAUUUAAGAGUAACUGCUCAUAAUAAUGCUGGAUUUUCUGUGGCUGAAUAUGAAUUUGCAUCACUAACAUUAAGUGGAGGUACUAUUGCUCCCCCUGUACAAGAUGUCACAUCUAUUUAUACAUACUUGCCAUGGAUACCAAAAUGGAUUGAUUUAAAUGUAGUGGUGCCGACUGCUGCAACAAUUAUAGUCAUUAUUGUUGGUAUAAUUGUGGUUUGUUUUGCUUGGUCUCGUAGAGUUCAUGAAAAUGGACAAACUAGAUUGAGAGAUGAUAUGACCGUUUAUAAUCAGUCAAUGAUUAUGGGAGGUAAUACACUUGACAAGAGACACGCAGAUUUCAAUGAUGAACUUGGUUACAUAGCACCUCCCAAUCGCAAACUUCCACCUGUUCCUGGUUCCAAUUACAAUACAUGUGACAGGAUUAAAAGAGGUUUUCCCGGCCCUUACCACGGUCACGGUACAUGGAACCCUAGAGCACGUCAUAUGUAUGAAGAACUAAAUGGUAGUAAUCCUAGGUGUAGGGGGCAUUUGCCCCCAUGUCCAGGGUCCGACGAGACAAUGUACACAAGGUGUAGAGGAAUAGAUGGUGAAGACAUCUGUCCGUAUGCUACAUUCCACUUACUUGGUUUUCGUGAAGAGAUGGAUCCUUCAAAAAUGCCGUUCCAAACUUUCCCACAUCCAAAUGGACAUUGUGGUACUAUUGGACCUGGUGGAACUAUAGCUAGUAAUGGUCUCAUGCAUCAAUGUCCAGGAACCCAAACUAUGCCUCGAAAUGGACGUUAUUCUCGUGUAGGUGGUGCUAAUUCCAUGUUUUCACCAGAGUAUGAUGAUCCUGCCAAUAUGGGGGAUGAAUAUGGCAGUCAAUAUGGACAAUAUGGAGCUCCUUAUGAACAGUAUGAAAGUCGUGCAUCAAUGGCUGGACGUAGUAUCGGAAGCCCAGAACCACCUCCACCUCCACCUCGUAACCAUGAUCCAAAUGUGAGCAACACAAGUAAUGAAGCUAAUGAUUCCAAAGACAGCAACCAAAUUUCUGAAGCAGAAUGUGAUCAACAUCAACAACCAGCUACUCAGAGUUAUGGUGCGCAUUUGAAGGGCAAUACCAAGGAUGGUAUGACCACAGAAGAACUUCGAAAACUCAUAGAAAGGAAACCAAACGAAGCCCCAGCAGGACAACAACGCCUCCAAAGCGGAGGGCUCACAACCUACGAUACUGUGGCAGUGUAACCUCUAGUCAGCCUACAACCAAAAUAUUAAUAUUUCAUAUUAUCUCGAUAAACAAAAAUCCUUUUCCCAAAAUAUUUGAUCUGCACUUUAAACUAUAUUGCGUUUUUAACAGAUUUACUUAUGCACAUAAUGCGAGUAAAAUAAUAUUAGACUCAGAUAACAAUGUCCCAAUUAUGAGUGUUUUAUACAAUAAGAAUCCUAAGUGUUGUGUCUUUUUUCGCUUUAGUGGUUUAGAUAUUAAAAAU